CCGCGGCGCCGCGCACGGCCGUCCCGGCGUCCGCCGCGCAGGGAGCCAGGGUGGGGCGGGUGCAGUCCGGUUCCGAACCGCGGAGCAGCCGCGGAGCGUGGCCCGUCCCGCAUUCCCGGCGCGGCGUGCGCGGGGCACCAUGGAUCCCGGUGCGGCUGCGGAUGCCGUGGAGACGGGGGAGGAGGACGCGAUCAUGGCGGCUCUGCGCACGUACAACCGGGAGAACUCUCAGAGCUUCACGUUUGAUGAUGCCCAACAGGAAGACAGGAAGAGACUGGCGGAGCUGCUGGUUUCGGGCUUGGAGCAGGGCUUGCCACCCUCCCGCCGCGUCACCUGGCUGCAGAGCGUCCGCAUCCUGUCCAGGGACAGCAGCUGCCUGGACCCCUUCACCAGCCUCCAGAGCCUGCAGGCACUGGCCGGCUAUGCUGGCAUCUCCAGCUCCGCGGGGUCAGCCCCUGAGGCGCUGGACAUGGACAUUGUCCUCGAGGCCCUCAAGUGCCUGUGUAACCUCGUGCUCAGCAGCCCCGUGGCACAGGUGCUGGCAGCAGAGGCCCGCCUGGUGGUGAGGCUGGCGGAGCGCGUGGGGCUGCACCAGGAGAGCAGCAUCCCGCACGAUGUCCAGUUCUUUGACUUGCGCCUCCUCUUCCUGCUGACUGCGCUGCGUGCCGACGUUCGCCAGCAGCUGUUUCAGGAGCUGGGGGGCGUGCGUCUGCUGACUGAUGCGCUGGAGCUGACGCUGGGGAUGACCCCAAAAGACAGCCCCCCAGAGCCCCUUUCUCCCCAGGAGACAGAGCGGGCUAUGGAGAUCCUCAAGGUGCUCUUCAACAUCACGUUUGACUCCAUCAAGAGGGAGGUGGAUCAGGAAGAUGCUGCCCUUUACCGUCACCUGGGGACCCUUCUACGGCACUGUGUGAUGGUGGCUGCUGCAGGAGACCGCACGGAGGAGUUCCACGGCCACACAGUGAACCUCCUGGGGAAUCUGCCCGUUCAGUGCCUGGACGUCCUCCUUACCCUGGAGCCGCAGGAAGGCUCUGUGGAAUUCCUGGGUGUUAACAUGGACGUGAUCCGUGUCCUCCUCAGCUUCCUGGAGAAGCGUCUACACCAGACGCACAGGCUGAAGGAGCGCGUGGCCCCCGUGCUGAGCGUGCUGACCGAGUGUGCCCGCCUGCACCGCCCUGCCCGCAAGUUCCUGAAGGCCCAGGUGCUGCCCCCACUGAGGGACGUCAGGACCCGGCCCGAGGUGGGUGAGAUGCUGCGGAACAAGUUGGUGCGCCUAAUGACGCACCUGGACACCGACGUGAAGAGGGUGGCCGCUGAGUUCCUAUUCGUCCUCUGCUCCGAGAGCGUGCCCCGCUUCGUCAAGUACACGGGCUACGGCAAUGCCGCCGGCCUCCUGGCUGCCCGGGGCCUCAUGGCAGGGGGCCGGCCUCCAGGCCAGUACUCGGAGGAUGAGGACACGGACACAGACGAGUACAAGGAAGCCAAGGCCAGCAGCAUAAACCCGGUGACCGGGAGGGUGGAGGAGAAGCCGCCCAACCCCAUGGCAGGCAUGACGGAUGAGCAGAAGGAGCACGAGGCCAUGAGGCUGGUGAACAUGCUUGACAAACUCUCCAGGCACAGAGUCAUCCAGCCCAUGGGCAUGAGUCCCCGGGGGCAGCUCACAUCCCUGCAGGACGCCAUGCGUGAGAGCCUGCAGGGGCAGGUCUGCUCGGAUCCCGACUCGGACCCUGACUGAGGACGGCCACCCGUCUGCUGGCCCUUCAGAACCUGUGCUGUCCUUGGGGCCGUGACCUAGGAGCCACAGGCCUCUCCAGCUUGGAGACCCUUUCUCUUUGCUCCCAAAAUUUUGUUCAUGAUUCGCCUCCGGUCCAACUCCUUGUCUCAGGGACUGCGAGGGUCUUGUCCCACUAUCACUCUGGAAACUCAGCCUUGAGUUCCACAAACGAAGUGGUUUCUUUGACGUGAGCUGCUGCCUGGGGCGGGGCUUAGCGGGACUCAGCUGAGCGUGCGUGCACUCAGGCGCAGGCCCACGCAUGGAUGGCACUGUGGCCCAGAGCUGGCCGGUCGGGCAAGUGCUGCACUUCCCAGGGGAGAACCUGCUGGGACUCGCAUGCUGCCGUCAGAAACAAGCUGCCCCCACAGAGCUCAGGGCGGGAAGCCACAGCACCGAGCCCUCCCCCGUCGUGCUCGCUGUUGAAGAGGCCGUUCGUGAAUCACCUGUAUUUACCGCACCCUGCAAGGCAUCAUGGAGACACCGUCCUGGGGCAGCUACAGGCAGGAGUGUUUGAAUGUGUGUAAGGUACCAAAUAAAGCACAUGAGGAAGUGGAA